UGCAGCCUAGGCACCCAAUAAAUAUACAUCUCUAAAUGCAUCAGCUAAGCAACAGUAUUUUUGCUCAACAAUAAAUUUACGAAAACUCUCAAGGCAGAAAAAUAGAAGAAAUAUUUUGAUAGCCGUGAUUAUUUGUUGCAUUUGAAUAAAAACCACUGAAGUUACGAGCAGCAAAGAGAACGCAGCGAGCUUAAGCCAACAACGUAGUACGACUAGCAAAAGACACCACCAAUUUAAUUUUAUCUAGAAAACCAUACAAUACCGCAAGCAAAGUAGCCAAAAUCUCUAUAUGUAUAGUACGUGUAUUGGUCAUUUAUGAUUGAUAUAUAGCAAAGUUAUAUUUACAAACCCACAACAUAACCGGAAGGGGAGCCCAGAAAAGACAGACAAAUCCACUGCUGCGAUACAGACCGCUGAAUACGGUCAGAUCCAGAUACAUUUUCAUCUAAACCGAGUUAAGACAAAGGCAGCAAAAUAGAUACCAUGGAAGACAAUAACACGAGCAGCAGUGCGGGCGGUGCGUCCAUCAAACACGAGGAUCCAUCGGUGACACUCACAAUAAGGCUGAUUAUGCAAGGAAAGGAAGUUGGUAGUAUUAUUGGUAAAAAGGGUGAAAUUGUCAACAGAUUUCGUGAAGAGUCUGGUGCCAAAAUCAACAUUUCGGACGGCUCAUGCCCGGAACGUAUUGUGACUGUGUCUGGUACAACUAACGCAAUCUUUUCGGCAUUUACGCUCAUUACAAAGAAGUUCGAAGAGUGGUGCUCGCAGUUCAAUGAUGUAGGCAAAGUUGGCAAAACUCAAAUACCCAUUCGAUUGAUUGUGCCCGCCAGUCAAUGUGGAUCGUUAAUUGGCAAGAGUGGUUCAAAGAUCAAGGAGAUUCGCCAGACCACAGGCUGCUCCAUCCAGGUGGCCAGUGAAAUGCUGCCCAAUUCGACAGAGCGGGCGGUUACCUUGAGCGGCAGUGCCGAGCAGAUCACCCAGUGCAUCUAUCAGAUAUGUCUUGUCAUGUUGGAGUCCCCGCCACGCGGUGCUACCAUCCCGUACCGACCAAAACCGCAGGUGACUGGCCCCGUCAUUCUGGCCAAUGGACAGGCAUUCACCAUUCAAGGAAACUACGCAGUGCCCACACAAGAGACCUGUCCAGUAUUUCCACUUGCCCUGGCUACCGGCGGUCUACAUGCUGGUAUCUCAGGCUUGGCGGAUCCUUUGUUAAAGGGGGCACAUUUACAAGGAGCGAUACCAGCACACCACCAUCACCUACAGCAAAUGCCCGAUGUGGCCAAGAACCCGCUGGCCAGUCUGGCUGCCUUAGGCCUGGCUGGGAUGAAUCCGGCCAGCACUGGGGGCAUCAACCACACAGCGAAUCCCGCGAACCGAGCCCAGCAGCAGCAGCACGAGAUGACCGUCUCAAACGACCUGAUCGGCUGCAUCAUCGGCAAGGGUGGCACCAAGAUCGCCGAGAUUCGCCAGAUCUCCGGCGCCAUGAUCCGGAUCUCCAACUGCGAGGAGCGCGAGGGCGGCAACACCGACCGGACCAUCACCAUCAGCGGCAAUCCGGACUCGGUGGCUCUGGCCCAAUACUUAAUCAAUAUGAGUGUUGAGCUGCAGAAGGCCAAUCUCUUGGAGCAAGCCCAGGCCCAGCAGAACGGAGGUGCUGCCGCAGCUCCCGGAGCUGCUGCUGCCGGAGUGGCCGCUGUCGCCGGAGCAGCAGCUCCGACCGCGGGCACGAACGGAGCCAUCCCGACGGUGGCCCUCACCGGCGGCACAGGAGUCGUGGGCGCGGGUGGUGGCGCAGGAGCCACCGGGGUGGCCAAUGGCACUGCUCCGGCGACCAACGGCGGUGGCAGCAGCAUCUCCGCCACCGGGUACACCAGUGCCAAUGGCGGCCAGGCAACAAACGGAUCGGUCGGAGUGAAUCCGGCAGCGGCCGCCGCCCUGUCCAGUCCUCUGGCCUCGGCUCUGCAGUUGCUGACCAAGCCGGGAGCUCUGAGCGCCCUGUCCAACCUGAGCGCCCUCGAUCUGCUCAACCUGACCACGCUGGGCAACAACAACGGGGCCGGUGGCACUCCGGGCGGACCGCCGGUGCAGACGACGGGCGUGAACCGCGCCAAGGGCCACUAUGCCACCUCCCGGUUCCGGCAGCACCAGACGGAGACCGGCGGCGAGGCGGAGAAGCCGCGCAACAAGUUCAAUCCGUACUAGGAUUAGGGCUGCAGCUGCAUCAGCCGGAGAGCAGUGGAGAUAUAGUCGCUUAGUUUUAUAGGAUUUCCAUGAUAGCGUUGCGAAAGCUUUAGACUUUAGAUUCUUGAAGAAGAAGAAGCAAAAUUGUAAAAAAUUCGCUUUAAACUUAUGUGGCAUGCGUACAACAAGCUACGAACGUAUUCAUAUUGUAUUCAGAUUCGUAUUCGAAGUUUCAAGACAAUUUUUACAUCUAGUUAAAGCACAGUAUCCAAGUAAUUGAUAAACAGACCCUAUGCAAUAUG